UUAAAACGGUAAUAAACAUCACUCUUGAAUUGAUAUCGCAUAAAGCCACACGUCAAUUACCAGUGAAGUUGUAGCAAUAAAAAAUGUCUUUGAUGCGUUGGACUGUAGUACUAAUACUAUUAGUAUUAAAUGCUAGUUGGGUAACAUGUCAAAUGUGUAAUGAUGGUGAAUACGCUCCAGAUCCAUUCGAUUGUAACGGAUUUCGCCAGUGUUUACACGGACAAUGGGUUCAAAGAUUCUGUCCCCGUUAUUUACAUUUUAAUCGUUUCAUUUCGGCUUGUGAUUUUUCGUGGAAUGCAAAUUGCGAGUUGGAAGAGACAACUACUACAUCAACAUCAACACCAACACCAACGACUGAAACAACCCCUCCGACAGAAACUACAACGACUCAAACAACGCCAACUCCUCCACCAACUACAACGACUGAAACAACCACUCCGCCAGAAACUACAACGACUCAAACAACGCCAACUCCUCCACCAACUACAACGACUGAAACAACCCCUACGCCAGAAACUACAACGACUCAAACAACGCCAACUCCUCCGCCAACUACAACGACAGAAACAACCCCUACGCCAGAAACUACAACGAUAGAAACAACCAUAACUCCUCCACCAACUACAACGACUCAAACAACUACAACUCCUCCGACAACUACAACUCCUCCGCCAACUACAACUCCUCCGCCAACUACUACUACAGUUCCAACUACAACAACUCCAAUACCUUGUACUCCCUCUUGUAACCCAUUAGGACCACAACCUCAACAUUUACCGCAUCCAAAUUGCUCCAUGUUUUAUAAAUGUGCUCAUGGUAUACCUCAUGAAAUGAUUUGUCGUUUCGCUCAACAUUGGUCGAUUGCUACUGACCGAUGUGAGUCUCCGGAUGUAGCAGAAUGUAACGAGGGAGACGCUUGUGAACAAGCCGAUGCCCGCCCACCAGAUUUUUGGUAAAUGACGUAGACCGAACUGACAAAAUGGCGACGAAUAAAUAUAUUGAUAAUACAUUUUCGAUGCACU